AUUUUAGUGAUGAUGGCAGUGUUAGUGGUAGUAGUAGCUGUCUAGAUAAUCGCCAAGAUGAACAGGGUGAUCAGUAUGCUAAUGCAAGAACUUGUGCGCCAAUUUGGUACUAUAAUACGUCAGAUCACUCAGCACAAGUGGGCAGAACCUUUUAUGGAACCCGUGGAUGUCAAGGGUCUUGGAUUGCACGAUUACUAUGAGGUUAUUGAGAAGCCUAUGGACUUUAGUACUAUCAAAAGCAAGAUGGAAGUAAAGGAUGGUUCUGGCUAUAAGCAUGUCCGAGAGAUAUGUGCAGACGUUAGGCUAAUAUUUAAGAAUGCAAUGAAAUACAAUGAGGAAAGGGAUGACGUUCAUGUAAUGGCGAGAACCUUAUUGGGAAAAUUUGAGGAGAAAUGGUUGCAGCUUUUGCCAAAAGUGGAUGAAGAGGAAAAACGGCGAAAGGAAGAGGAAGCAGAAGCCCAACAGGAUAUGCAGCUCGCUCAAGAGGCUGUUCAUGCCAAAAUGGCUAAAGAUUUAAGCCUUGAGCUUGAUGAGGUGGACAUGCAACUGGAAGAACUCAGGGAAAUGGUCCUUCAGAAAUGCAGGUGUCGAAAAUGAAGAAAGGGAAGGAGA